AUGGCUUCUCAGGGCUACUACGGCAACCAGCCUCCCCAGGCUCACUACGGCCCUCCCCAGCCCGGCUACGGGCCCCCUCCCGGCCAGGAAGGUUACUACGGUCAGCCCCAGUACGCUCCACAGCCUGGAUACUACCAGGGCCCUCAGUACGCCCCGCCCGUGCAGCAAGCGCCCCAGACAAAGGGCAACAACGGUGGUUUCGGUGAUGGCUGUCUCGGAACUUGGUGA